AUGCCUGACCGCGCACCGUACAUGGCUCAAACGACGACUCAAGCUUCGACGUCCUCGUCUGUUCCAAGCUUAUCUACAUCUGCAACCACCCAAUCCGGGGCCAGCGAUACAGUAAAGACGCCUCACGCCUCUUCUUUCCCACAGUUCUUCCACCGCCAUAGCAGAGGGUCUAGCAUUGGUGGAACGGCUUCUCCGCAUCCAACCUCGAGCUUGGAACCGCCCACAUCGCCUUCCCGGGGCUAUUUCUUCGGUUCAUUCUCCCACUCUCGGUCCAACUCUCGGUCCCGCGCAAAGUCUCCCGCCCCAGCUCCAAUUGAUACCAAUGCGUCGCAGCUUGCUCACUCCGGUCAGCGAACCACUUCGCCAACUCUCAUGAGCCCGGAAAUCACCUCGCCUGAUUCUGCCGCUGAGGAAUGCCAGAAGAAGAAACGCCAUUCUCGCAAGAGCAGCAGCUCAAACCAUAAGCGACGCAGCAGCACGAUGACGCAGGUUGGUAGACACGGAAAUGAUUGGCUGUUCAAUGGAUUUAGUGUGAGGGACCAUGUUGGCAAGUUGUUGGACAAUGAGAAAGAAGAUCGCUAA